UGGAAAAGAGAAGGGCAUUAAUAUAUCCAAAAGUGCCCUAGCUCUUCCAGGUCUCUCUUUCCUUCUGCUGUUAGCUGCCUUAUAUAAACCAAUCUUCUGCCUCUUUCUCUUGCACCAAGCAAAGGAGAGGCUAGGGUUUGUCGGCCAUCGCAUCAAGGAAUUUGGCAGGUCUAUCUUGCAACUCUGCUAAUAGCCAAAGUGGAGGGUGUCAUGCUUGAAGCUUCUUUUAUGUCUGAACGGGCUUCUUGUUAUUUGGGAUCAAUCGGGUUACUUGGAGAGUACUGUCCAACUUCGAGAAAAAAGUAUAGGCCCUCUUCAGAAAGAGCAGUUGGCUGCAAGCAUCUUGGGCUGUUUCGUGGUUCCAAAUAUCUUAGUGGUUUCAGUUGGAUGCAACAUUUUCCAAUUACAAGGGACCAGUCUACCUUCCAAGAGGGAAUACCCUUGUUCAACAACAACACUGCUACCUCCUUAUCUUUAUCCAUCUAUUGCAGCCACAUUUGAUAUUCCCUUCUUAUUUUUUUUUUAGCAUUUUGUAGCAAAAGUAAUCAAAAGUAAACAUGGCUCUGCAGAACAUAGGCGCUGCAAACAGCGAUGAUGCCUUUUACAGAUAUAAGAUGCCCAAGAUGAUAACCAAAAUUGAAGGCCGUGGUAAUGGCAUCAAGACCAACAUUGUUAACAUGGUAGAUAUUGCAAAGGCAUUGGCAAGGCCUGCCUCCUACACCACGAAAUACUUUGGAUGUGAGCUGGGAGCACAGUCCAAAUUCGAUGAGAAGAAUGGUGUUUCUCUUGUCAAUGGGGCCCAUGACACUGCCAAGCUGGCCGGGCUUCUUGAGAACUUCAUCAAGAAAUACGUCCAGUGCUAUGGGUGUGGCAACCCUGAGACGGAGAUCAUCAUCACAAAGACGCAGAUGAUCAACCUGAAAUGCGCAGCCUGCGGUUUUGUGUCAGACGUUGAUAUGAGGGACAAGCUCACCACCUUCAUUAUCAAGAAUCCGCCUGAGCAGAAGGGGUCCAAGGAUAAGAAGGCUAUGAGAAAGGCUGAGAAGGAGCGGUUAAAGGAAGGGGAAGUUGCCGACGAGGAACAGAAGAAGCUGAAGAAAGAGGUGAAGAAGAAGGGUUCCUCUGUCUCCUCCAAGGAAGCUGCUCCCAAGGUUGGUGCAGUGAAGAAGAAGGCUAGUGGGAAGGCUAGUGGGUCUGAUGAGGAUCGCUCAUCACCUGCUGCCAGCCAGGCUGACGAGAAUGAAGCACCUGAUGAAGACGAUGAUGUCCAGUGGCAGACUGACACCUCACUGGAGGCAGCCCGCCAGCGCAUCCAAGAGCAGCUGAGUGCCGCGACAGUCGAGAUGGUCAUGCUAUCCACCAAAGAGCCGGAUGAGGAGAAGAAGCCCAAGCAGGUGAAGAAAGCAGGGGUCAAGAAUGGAGGAACCACUGAACCUGAAGAGAAGGCGGAACUCUCAGGUGGUGAUAUCAGAUCCCAAACCCUAAUCAAAGAGAUCAAAGGCAACCUCCGAAAGGGGUCCACUCCAAGCCAGCUGCAAUCCUUCCUUAGGUCUCUUGAUGGGACCCCGCAGGAGGUCAUGAGUGCCAUUUUUGAGGUCCUCUUUGAGGGUGUCGGGAAAGGGUUUGCGAAGGAGGUGGCCAAGAAGAAGAAGUACAUUGUUGCUGCCAUGGAGGAUGAUGGAUCACAGAUUCUCCUGCUUCGGGCCAUAGAGGCCUUCUGUGGGAAGGCGGCUAGCACAGAUGCGUUGAAGGAGGUGGCUCUGGUUCUGAAGGCGCUCUAUGAUGCAGAUAUGGUGGAGGAAGAGUAUAUCAUGCAGUGGUACAAGGAAGGACUGGUGGGAGAGAGCAAGAAGGCACAGAUAUGGAAGAACCUGAAGCCCUUCAUAGAAUGGCUGCAGAGUGCUGAAUCCGAGACGGAAGAUGAGUGAUAUAUGAUAAUGGGUGAAUGUUCUCUGCGCUGUUAUUCUCUGAAUAGUUUGUGGUGAAGAUUGGCCUGGCAGGUAUGGGUAGCGUGAUAUAAGAGACGUUUAUAGACCAUAUGAAUAAUGCUAUUGGUCUCUUCUGCUUAUUUGCUCAAGUAUCUUCAAACUCAAGUUUAUGUUUGUCUCUCUUUUUCUCUGUCUGUCUGUCUCUGUGCUUGUGAGUGAUUAUAGUAAAUGUGUGGUCAGAGUUGAUAUCUUUUGCAUAUGUCAGUUCACUUUUAUUAGCAUUGAAGUUAAAUGUUUGUUA